CCAGCUGUGAUUAAAGAGAUAACACCAAUCAUCCUGGAGCCUGAAGCCUCCGCUGGAAUGCAGCCUUUGCCCCUGUCCUCUGUUGGCUAUAAAAGUGAACCCCCCUGGAGCGACCGGACUAACAGCAGACCACCUGAGGAAAGAUUACUUUGACAAAAAGGCUCAACUACUUCAAGAUGGCUCGACAGGCAAUCUUGGCAGGGUUGUCUCUUCUGGUCAGCCUCCAGAUUGUUUCUUCCACCAAACUGGCAUGCUACUUUACCAACUGGUCCCAGUAUAGACCAGGUGCUGGUAAAUAUGUCCCUGAAAAUGUGGAUCCCAACCUCUGCACACACCUGAUCUAUGCCUUCUCAAUAAUUAGCUCGUCCAAUGAGCUGACAACAUAUGAGUGGAAUGAUGAUGUUCUUUAUAAAUCCUUCAAUGGACUGAAAAACAAAAACCCCCAGCUGAAGACUCUACUGGCUGUUGGAGGGUGGAACUUUGGAACAACUCAGUUCACCCUCAUGGCUUCAUCGCAUGCCACCCGCCAGGUCUUCAUCCAGUCUUCCAUCAGGUUCUUGAGACAGCACGGCUUUGAUGGGCUGGACCUGGAUUGGGAAUACCCUGGAGCACGAGGAAGCCCACCAGAGGACAAGAAAAAGUUCACUUUGCUCUGCCAGGAGCUGCUUGCUGCUUUUGAAAAAGAAUCCGCUGAGACCAAAAAGCCGCGACUGCUGCUCACGGCUGCCGUGGCGGCUGGGAAGGGCAACAUUGAUAAUGGUUAUGAGAUUGCUGAGAUAUCUAAACUUCUAGACUUUAUGAACGUCAUGACCUAUGACUUCCAUGGAUCCUGGGAUCCAUUCACCGGCCACAACAGCCCGCUGUAUGGCAGCUCUCUUUACCCUGGCGAUUACAUCUACUUCAACGUGGAUUUUGCCAUGAAAUACUGGAGAGACCAAGGAGCUCCUGUUGAAAAGCUGUUGGUUGGUUUUCCCACAUAUGGACGCUCGUUUCGUACAGUCUCAGCAGCUGCUGGCGUCGGAGCACCAGCCAGUGGAACAGGCUCUGCCGGGCCCUACACCCGGGAACCCGGAAUGUUGUCUUACUAUGAGGUUUGCACUUUCCUUAAUGGAGCCACGAUUCAAUGGAUCGAUGAACAAAAGGUUCCCUAUGCAGUCAAAGGCAAUGAGUGGGUGGGCUUUGACAACAGGCAGAGCUUUGAGAUCAAGGCUCAGUUUGUGAAAGAAAACAAGUUUGGAGGAGCAUUCAUCUGGUCGCUGGAUCUGGAUGAUUUUGCUGGACAGUUCUGUGGUCAAGAAAACUAUCCUCUCAUUCGUUAUCUCCGCUCUCUCCUGGAUACAGAAUCGCCACCACCCCCUCCAGAAACCACUCUUUCCCCAGCCACCACGACAAGCCGCCCCAGCUCAGCUUCUACCACAGCAGCUACUAGACCAACCACUGCUAAGUCCACCACAACAGCUGCUGGCUCGACUACUGCCAAAACUACUACAACAGCUGUUCCUGGAAGUGAUUUCUGCACUGGAAAAGCUGACGGAGUCUAUGAAAACGACAAGGAUAGUAACUCCUUCUAUCAGUGUGUUCAGGGACAAUCAUACUUGCAACAAUGUCCAGCUCGUCUUGUUUUCAACGAGAGUUGCAAAUGUUGUGACUGGUCCAAAUAAAUGUCUUUUUCAUCAAA